GGCAGAGCGAGUUAGUUUUGUGGGCUUUUUUACAAACCUCCUGCUCAGACGAGGAGUCUCUGGGAGUCUGUCAGCUACCGCUAGCUCCGUCUCAGUGGCUCAGUCCAUCUUCUCCCCCUCCCCUCUGCUGUUCUCCCCCUCACUUUCUUGCUCUUAUCUUUGUCUCUUUCUGGAGCUCUUCUUUAUUCUUGCCUGUUGCUUCUUCUUCUGCUGCCACUGCUGCUCCCACAAACUUAGUCUUGAGAGAAAGUGCUGGGUGAUGGACUGCUGAACAGCUUGUACGUUGCUACAAAGUGAGCUGUGAGCCGAGUGAUUGACUGGACCUACAGACAUGGGGAAGCAGAACAGCAAGCUCCGCCCUGAGGUGAUGCAGGACCUCCUGGAAAGCACCGACUUCACCGAGCACGAGAUUCAGGAAUGGUACAAGGGCUUCCUGAGGGACUGCCCCAGCGGGAACCUCUCCAUGGAGGAGUUCAAGAAGAUCUACGGUAACUUCUUCCCCUACGGAGACGCUUCAAAGUUCGCCGAGCACGUCUUCCGCACAUUUGAUGCUAAUGGUGACGGGACAAUAGACUUUCGGGAGUUUAUCAUCGCGCUAAGUGUGACGUCACGUGGCAAGCUGGAGCAGAAGUUGAAAUGGGCGUUCAGUAUGUACGACCUGGAUGGAAAUGGGUACAUCAGUAAAGCUGAGAUGCUGGAGAUUGUUCAGGCAAUCUAUAAGAUGGUGUCCUCUGUGAUGAAGAUGCCUGAGGACGAGUCAACACCUGAGAAGAGGACAGAGAAGAUCUUCAGGCAGAUGGACACCAACAGAGAUGGUAAGCUGUCUCUCGAGGAGUUCAUCAAAGGAGCGAAGAGCGACCCCUCCAUCGUCCGCCUGUUGCAGUGUGAUCCCAGCAGCGCCGGACAGUUCUAAAGCUGAGGCAUCAACACUACCUUGCUUCUUUGGGUGACUCCAAAUGCCCUUAACUCUCCAUUACGGAGCAGACUGAUGAUGAAGAAUGACAAGCUGAUGACGAUGAAGACAGGCCUUCAACAUGCACUGAGGACAUCAAAGAUGGGCACAGGAGCCAAAUUUCCAGUUUACUCCCCUGAGCAGUUUAUCUAAACCCUCCAACCCCCAACAAAGACUGAGCCUGAGGACUUUUCCAGAUCCUCAUCAGGUUAUCAAACCCCACUGAUUGUAGUUGACCAGGAUCCCUCAGCUCUCCUAUAGGCACGUCAGAGUAUAAAGAAGGUCUACAGUAGGUUAUGUGUAUAUACAGUAUAAACUGGAGUCUCUGUAUCAGUGUCUUUGAUUGGUUCUCUGUGCCCCUCGAGGCUCCAGCUGCGGCGACACAGAGCCUCUGUCACUUUAAUGUGUAUCAUAGACAGAGUGUGUGCAUGAGACAACGAGAGAGAGAGAGAGAGAGAGAAAGACAUGAUGGUGUUGAAUAACAGGACAAACUGUAGGUGAGAUUAUUUAAUCUGCAGAGCGGACUUGUAAAGUUUGUCCUACACUCAGAACGAGUACUGCUUUUAGUUUUCUCUUUUCUACUGUGAGAAUGUGUACGUGUGUUUGUGUAUUUUGCAAACUUGAUAGACUUUGUUUCAUAUUUUGUGCUGGGACAAAAUUACAUAAACAUGUAAUAUUAUGCUACUAUGCAUAUGCGCCCUAAUCAGUAGUUUGAUUUUGUGAAGUCUCACUGAUGUAAUGAAGAAUGAAAUGCAUCCUUUUUUUUCCUUCAUCUGUUCCAGUGCUUUCUCAUAUCAGUAAGAAUUUAACAGAGGUUAUUUUGGAGCGGCAGAUUAUUGCUGCGCUCUAGCUUAAGGAAAAUAGUAUUUGAGAUCAGUGUAGAUAUAUUAAAGUUCGCCUAAAUUUCAAAAAGCAAAUUCACACAGAUCGGAUUGCUCUGUUCAUAACAAAAGUCCUGAAAUAAUUCUUUUUUAAAAUGAUUUUAAGCUAUUGCAGAAUGUCAAGCAUGCAAACCAGUUUCUUUUUUGACAUUUACUAUGUGAAGAACAGACACGCUUCUUCACCUUCACUUUUAGAUGUUUUUAAAUGCCGCAUGUUGGGUGCAGGGGUGCAUAGACUAAAUAACACGUAUGCAUGUGACUUAUGCGCAUGUGUGUGUUUUAUGUAUGUUUAUGGAUAUCAGUGGCUCAAUGGCCAGUUGCCCAUCCAGCUCUGAGUUUGCUUCUGUAUGUUAGUAUUGUCAUGGUUAAUGCUACCAGUAGUCAGUGUUAUUGACAGCAUACGGACUGCCGAAGCUGACACAUCUCAUGGUUCACAUGAAGAACUUCAUGGAGGGAAACAAAGAGAAGCUUUAGGAAGACCACCACGCACAACAAUCUAUAAAAAGACACACUGUUUAAUGGGGACACUGGGCAGUCAGAGCUGAGAGCCUUUUUUCUCUGUCAGUUGAGCACAAUAUUUAAAUCACCAUAUCAUCACAUCAACUAGUAUUUUACAGUAUUACAGUAUUAAAAUGAAUAACAUGCUAUUGGUCACACAUCAGUAAAACACCCCCCUUAAAUUCAAGCUGAAGGAUUUGAUUAACAUUUAUUGCCUCACCCUCUCCGCUUCACUUUCUUGUAAAAGAAAGGAGAAAAAAAGCUCUCCAGUACCAGUGUGACACUCCCCUGAAUGUACCUGAGCCCUCCACAGGGCACAGCCAAGCCGUUUCAGUUAUUUUCUUAUUUUCCAAUUAGAAAAGCUUUGAAUGUUUCAAUAAAUAACUGCUGUUUUUUUUUUUUUGUGAAGAGAAAAAAAGAUGCAGACAAACAAACCGAGAAUCACAACUACUGCAAUGAUACUGUCACCAUCUGUUGCUUUCAUUGUAUUUUUAUGAUUUUUUUCUUUAAAAAAAAAAGAAGUAGAAAUAAAAAAAAAAAGCUAUGUCAGGUGUUACAUUUCUGUUAAAACACAAAAAAGCAUCUUGUGGUCAAGUGCCAAAUAAAAACAAAGCAGUAUUGUAUAAAUUUAUACUGUACAAUUGUUAUCUGUUGAACAAAAUGUUUGUAAUUGUUGCAUUUUGUAGGUUUUGUAUGGUAUCCUGUAUUUAGUGACUGCAGUUUUGGAACACAGGAUUCUGUUUUUUGGUCAACUUUAAAAGGCAAGAAAUUAAAUUUACAAUUUAUUGUGUGCAAGUA